CGUGAUAUGAAAACAGAACAAAAUCAAUUGUUUACAAACAGAGCUGCGCAUUUGCUGCUCUUAUCUAUAAAAUUAUUAAAAUAUUAUUUUUAAAUUCAAAAUGAUUCCUAGAAAGAGAGUUUUGGAAUUGAUGACAGCAAUUACUAACGUGUCAUGCAGAUGUCCAGCACACUCGAGAAUCCACGAUUCACUGCCAUCAAAAGAGACUGCAUUUGAGAUGGCAACAAAUACAGUUCGAUUUGGUCCAGGAGUGUCACGAGAAAUUGGAAUGGAUUUAGUAAAUAUGAAUUUAAAGAACAUUUGCCUCGUUAUUGAUAAAAAUGUUUCUGGACUUCCAUCAGUCAAGACACUUUUCGACUCAUUAGCCAAAGAAAAAGUCAGUUUUGAUAUUUUUGAUGAUAUUCGUGUUGAGCCAACAGAUGGAAGCUUCAUGAAUGCCAUAAAUUUUGCAAGGAGCAAUAACUUUGAUGGAUUUGUUGCUGUUGGUGGUGGCUCAACAAUCGACACUUGUAAAGUCGCAAAUCUUUAUUCUUCUGAUCCUGAUGCUGACUUCCUCGACUAUGUGAAUGCUCCAAUUGGAAAAGCUAAGGAACUGACGGUCAAAUUGAAGCCAUUAAUUGCACUACCAACAACUUCUGGAACUGGAAGUGAAGCAACUGGAAUUGCAAUUUUUGAUUAUAAAUCUUUAAAAGUUAAAACUGGAAUUUCUUAUAAAGCAUUAAAGCCAACUCUAGCACUGAUUGAUCCCCUUCAUGUCUUGUCACUUCCAGAAAAAGUUGCAGCUUAUUCAGGUUUUGAUGUUUUCUGUCAUGCAUUGGAAAGUUUUACAGCCAUUCAUUAUACGGAAAGACCAGCACCAACAAAUCCAAAACUUCGACCACCUUAUCAAGGUUGCAAUCCAAUUUCUGACUGCUGGGCUCGAUUUGCUCUGUCGACACUUCGUGAGAAUUUCAAAAGAGCUGUCUUCAAUCAAGAUGACUAUGAGGCACGGUCAAAAAUGCAUUUAGCAUCUGUUAUUGCUGGAAUUGGAUUUGGAUCGAGUGGUGUACAUUUAUGUCAUGGACUUAGCUACGCAAUUUCUGGACUUGUCCGCAAAUUUGUUCCAACUGGCUAUUCCGACGAUCAUCCAAUAAUUCCACAUGGAUUGUCUGUUGUUAUGACAGCACCAGCUGUAUUUGAGUUCCUUGGAUCAUCAUGUCCUGAAAGACAUUUAGAAGCAGCAGAACUCCUAGGAGCUGAUAUUACGAAUGCUAAAAGAACCGAUGCUGGCCUUAUUCUUGCUGAUAUUGUAAGGAAGUAUAUGAAUGAUAUUGGAAUUGAGAAUGGAUUGAAAUCUUUGGGAUUUUCAUCUGAGGAUGUUGGGAAAUUAGUUGAAGGAACAUUGCCACAAGAGAGAGUCAAUAAAAUGGCACCAAAGGCACAGUCAAAAGAAGAUUUAGCGAGAAUCUUUGAAAAUUCAAUGUUAAUUUAUUGAAGGCGUAAAAAUUGGCAUGAGACUUUAAAAUUUGAAGAUAUGCUG